AUGACUGAGCAUGAGACUGAAGAAGAGGAAGACUGGGUUCAGCUGCGGCUGCUGGGAGCGAUCUUGACGUUGAUUUGCAUCGGACACCGGGUGACCUCAUCGGAGCUGAACAUAUUUGGCGGCCAAGGCAUCAGAGAUGCGCUCGCCGAACGCGAUCUGAUGGAAGCGAUCCAGAUACCGCUGCAGAACGGGGUCAAGUUCGUCGAUGGACUGGACGGGUUUCCGGCGUUUGGCGUCAACAGCGAGGCGGACAUCAAAUCAACGUACAAGCUCAUCCUCUCGGAUCACCUGCAGGACUUCACCAUCAUCGCUACCGUCAGACCGCAGUCUAGCUCCGGGGGGUGGGUGUUCAGUGUGGUCAACUCGCUCGACACCGUUGUUCAGCUCGGUUUGCUGCUCGAGCCCACCGCCGCCGGUGACCAGUGGAACGCGACACUCUACUACACCGACGCCAAAAAGGAACGCACCAGCCAACCGUUGGCCUCCUUCCAAGUGCCGUACGGUCGCAGCUGGAUGAAGAUGAUCUUCAAGGUGCUGCCUGACCAGGUAGUCUUCUACUACGGGUGUCUCGAGACCGGUGUCGUGUCGGUCAAGAAGGAACCACGUAAGUUAGUGUUUGACACCGCCUCGACGGUGUACAUCGGCCAGGCCGGCCCCAUUCUGAAGCGGAAAUUCGAGCGACGAAUGGAAACCUUAAACCAAUGA